AUGUCCCUGAUCGACUCUCCCACUGAAACCCCAAACCCAACAGCCUCGAGCCUACUAGAUGACAUCCCGCCCCUCACCACGCAAAUCCUUCAAGACGAAGACGACCAAAUUGCCGCGCUCAAAUUAGUCGCGGACAGCAUAGCGCAGCAACGUCAAUUCGCCGCCAAGGCCGUCAUCCUGCACCCUCUCACCAUCGUAGCGUGGAUUGGCUUGCUCGCCAUCCUCGCUCAAUUCCUGCUCAAGACGAGCAAGGAUAUCGGCUUACUCUUCACCACCAGCGCCGGCGCCACGAUGGCGUGUCUGGUCGGCGUCCGGGCCUUGACGAGUGGGUACCUCGCGCUGGCGGAGGGCCUCACGUGGGACUUUGUGCGGAAUGACGAGGGCGAGGAAGAUCUUAUCCUGGGAAGUCGGUUCGGGGACGAGCUGAUCGGGGCUCUGGUGCUGCGGCUGGAGAAGGGUGGCGGGGGGGGCAAGAAGAAGAGCGGGAAGAAGGGGAAAGGGGGCAACGGGGUGGUGAGGGCGUGGACGGUCAGGAACCGCUAUCGAGGGAAGGGUGUUGGGACUGAGCUGCUGGAGGAGGCCGUGAGGGUUACGAGGGACAAGUUGGGGCGGGAUGCGGGGGUCGGGUUUGCGGCUGAGCAUGCGAAUUCGAAGAUGGUGUUGCCGGAUCUCUUCAACCUGGGCUUUCGGAAGAGGGAGACUCAGGCUGGGAGGAUGCUGGAGGGGGUUGUGGCCGGGAUGGAGAAGAGGAAGAGGUAG